AUGCUCAGUUGUCUCAACAAUGAGGAUAUAAGCAAGACGCCUGAGAGCUCAAGAAAUGGAUUGGAUAUUUCCACGAAUGUCAUUUCAAUCUGCUUUGGAUCUCAGACGGGAACCGCUGAGAACUAUGCCCAUGAGAUAGCAAACUUUCUGCGCAAGAGGGGUUUCUUGGUGGAUGUUGUGGAUUUGGAAUUUUUUUCAAAGGCAUCUUUCGCUGAAGGCACGAGCGCCAGCCCCCAGAUCGCCUUGUUUUUGCUGGCGACGUAUGGAGAAGGUGAGCCGACGGACAACGCAAAGACGUUUUACGAGUGGGUCAAGAGUGAGGAAGCAAGAUUUCCCGGUGUGAGAUACUCAGUCCUGGGACUGGGGAAUUCUCAGUAUGAACAUUACAACACAGUCGCAAAGGAUGUUGACAGGCUGAUGGAGGCAAGAGGAGCUGAGAGGCUGUCCCAGCUCCUCCUUUGCGACGCGGCAGGAGGAGGGGGGGACGAGGAUUUCGCAAAGUUGGUUGACAUGACGUUUCUUUUCAGACUGAUGAUAUCGGCUGGCAGGUGGGCGAAAGAAGUGUCAAGAGCUCUCGACACAUUAUUUCAUGUGAAAGAUCGCAAGGGAUACGAUGAUCAGCCCAUGGCAACGAGAAAGAAUUUCUACAUCCAGAUGUUUGAAUCGGAGGAAGCAGCCACGCGUUCAAACAAGAAGCUCCCGGCAUCGUCUGCGAAACUCGACCAUGUGACGAAGAAGCUGAUGAAAGUUCGAGAGAAACGAGAGCUGCAGAAGUCUGGUGACCGCAGGUUCCUUCACGUGGAAUUGGAUCUUGAGGAUAAAGAAGAUGCGUAUGAGACUGGCGAUCACCUUGCGAUCUAUCCAGAGAACAAGUCGAGUUUGGUCGAGAGGUUUGCUGUGCGAACUUCGAUCGAUUUGGACAAGUGGGUGAUAGUAAGAGAUGAUGUUGCCGCAUCUCCUUUUCCUGUUCCGUGCACACUCAGGAAGAUUUUCACAAGUUAUCUGGACUUGAACUGUUGCGUGAAGCAAGAUUGGCUUGCCUUCCUUGCGGAACUUGCACUGUCCGAUGAUGACAGAAGAAAUCUAAACUGGCUGAGUGAGGACAGUUUCUCCUAUCAGAAACACAUCGUCAAGGGUUACAAGAACAUUGUUGAUGUCCUGGCCGAUCACAAAAGCGUUCAUCUCACUCUUGAAAAUAUACUUCAGAUCCUCCCGAGGGUUCAACCUCGCUACUACUCCAUAUCCUCCAGCAGCUCGUCCUCUCCAAAGCAAGUUCACCUGACGCUCAAGGUGUUGGAGGAGGAGAUCGACCGACCUGGUCAGAGCAUGGAGAGCAGAGCGGAGCGGAGAUUCGAAGGAACAUGCUCCUCGUUCCUCUCUUGCGUACAUGUUGGAUGUUCGGUGCAGGCUCAGUUGAGAAGGAGCCCCUUCAAGCUGCCCAAGGAUUUGAGCACGCCGAUCAUUCUUGUUGGAGCGGGGACAGGAAUCGCUCCCUUGCGGGCAAUGUACCUAGAAGCGCAUCAUGCCAUGAAGAUCUCGGGAGUGAAUGUUGACAUUGCUUUCUUCUACGGUUGUCGAAAAGAAGAUGAAGAUUGUCUCUAUCGGGAAGAGAUGGAAUCGAUGAUGGACGCUGGAGUGAUCAAUUCAUUGCACUUUGCAUUCAGCCGUGAGACCUCCAAGAAGAUUUACGUCCAAGACAGAAUCCGCCAGCAAAGAACAGAAGUCGCUCAAAUAAUGCAGAAACAAGGAUGCAUCUACGUGUGUGGAAGUAUAUCAAUGGCAUCGGAAGUGCGCAGAGCGUUUGUCGAUGUGCUUAUUUCCAUGGUGAACAGUGACAUAUUGAGCAAACUCCUGACGAACAAGCAGGAGGGCAGCGAGGAAGCCGCGAGGGAGAGAUUGCGGAAUCUGCAAGCAACAGGAAGAUACCAGCAGGACAUUUGGAGCUGA